CAUAAAUCCUCAGAAGAAGAAGAAAGAAAUCACUGAAGAAGAACGCGUUGUUGGCGGAGGGCUUUGAGUCGCAGCGUGUAACUUUUAGCGUUUGUUAAUUUGAUUGUUGUUGUUGCAUCCAGCACGAAGGAUUUCAGCUGUAGCUAAAUAGUUAACGUGUAAUUCGCCGACAGUACGUUAUAUUCAGUGAGCUGCCCAAGCGUCAUUUUAUCGUGUGUUCGGCCGGAGGAGUCCUGUUAGCUAGCUUGCUAACGCUAACUUCCUUAACUGUUCACGUUAGCUAGCUAGUUUUGUGCUAACAUGUCUGGCGAAAGUAUCAUUCGAGGACCAUCAGGGAGUAACGACUGUCGGAUAUACGUGGGGAAUCUCCCUCCUGACAUCCGCUCAAAGGACGUUGAAGACUUGUUUUACAAAUAUGGAGCCAUUCGUGAUAUUGAUCUGAAAAACCGAAGAGGAGGACCACCAUUUGCCUUCGUGCAGUUCGAGGACCCGAGGGAUUCUGAGGAUGCCGUUUACGGGCGUGAUGGUUAUGACUACGAUGGCUACCGCCUGCGCGUCGAGUUUCCUCGAAGUGGAGGGGGUGGAGGAGGUGGUGGUGGUGGUGGAGCAAUGGGACCCCCAAGGGGAAGGAAUGGUCCCCCCUCCCGACGCUCAGAGUACAGGGUUGUUGUGUCAGGCCUACCUCCCAGUGGAAGCUGGCAGGACCUGAAGGAUCACAUGCGAGAUGCAGGUGAUGUAUGUUACGCUGAUGUGUACCGUGAUGGCACCGGGGUAGUGGAGUUUGUACGCAAAGAAGACAUGACCUACGCUGUCCGUAAAUUGGAUAACACCAAGUUUCGCUCCCAUGAGGGAGAGACGGCCUACAUUCGUGUGAAGAUGGACGGUCCUCGCAGCCCCAGUUAUGGUCGUUCUCGCUCUCGUAGCCGAAGCCGCAGCCGAAGCAAGAGCGCGUCACGCAGCUACUCCCCACGUCGCAGCAGAGGGUCCCCACGUCCCCGUCGUUCAGGCUCUCGCUCUCGCUCCCGCACCUAGAUUCACCUCAGUUAAAGCAACGGUGUGCUUCAGAGCCAGAGAGGAAAUCUUCAAUCACUUAACAAAUCCUGUAUACUUACCCCGGAUCAUCUCAUGUGUUCCCCGUUUACACUGUCUUCCUGUGUGUUCCCUAUUCCCCCACUUUUUUUGCAGUUUUCUUUUUAGUUGUCAUUUUUGCAGACCAGAUGAGUCUGGUCUGUGUACAUGGCCCCUGUCAUUCUUCCCUUUUUCCCCCUCUCGUCAAUAUUGUUUUUCUGCUAGCCAUCUCUCCCCCUUCUCUUUGCUUUUCUUCUACUGAUUGUCCUUGUUGUAUGCUUUGUUUUGUUUAGUUUGGAAAGAUUUUCCUUCUUUUAAGCAUAUACUACUGUCCUUUGACCUUCUUGUGUGUCUCUCUGUAGAGUUCAGAGGAACAGGAUAGGAUGGGAAGAGAGGAAACAGUUCAUAUUAAGAUAAACAGGAGGAGGAGGAGUCAAAUAUGGCGCCAAUGGUAUGAUGGCUGUGCCUUGUCAACUGUGAAAUCUGCUUUAUAAGGCUGUUCAGUUCUUUUUUUCUUUUUUUUUAACAUACACUUGACAAUAGAGUGCUGUUGUUGAAUGUUUUCAGGUGUAACGAGUUCUGUAUACCACUUUGUAUUGGAGACCCAAGGCUUGUGUUUUUGCUCAUCUCUUAGUAUCCAAAGUAAAUCUUAGUUUUUUUGGGGAUUGAUUAUAGAUGGUGUCCCUUAUUUCUCUCAAAGUAAACUCCCUCUUAGAUACAAUUUAUUGACUUUUAAAAAAAAAAAAAAGUAUUUUCCGAAGGUGUGAUUCUAACUUGCCUCCUUCUCUUUGGUUCUGCUGGUAUUCUGAAGGUUUGGACUGGGCUCAUUGUCUCGCCAUUCCGGAGCCGGAUCAGGAUUCAGGAUCAGAUUAGGAUUAGGCUUCAGGAUGGAUACAUGGAGCAGGAGCAUGGGAGCAUUUUACCGGGAGAGGAUCCUGACCCCCGGCCCUGUCCACAUAACUCCAUCAAAACCGGAAAAACAUUGUAGUGAAAUAUUCAAACUAAAUUGGCUUUCAAAUAAUCCAAAUUAUUUUUUUCCAUUUUGUAUGGGACCUCAGAGACACAAUUACUGGUGGCACUGUGACAAGCGAUUUAUUUUUCAGAUUUUUCUUUUUUUUUUAAAUUAUAAAAAAGAAGAGCAAAGCUCGGCUCAAAACCAGGAGGAGGGCUGGGAGGUGCAGGAUGGAUCCGCACGCUAAGGAGAGUGGUAAAUAGUGGGCAACCAUUAACAGUGGAGGAGGGAGGGAAGAGGGAGGACUGUGGUUUGUAUCUUUUCCUAGGUCAGUCUUUUCCUGAGGAGGAUGAUUUCUGAUUUUCUUAAGUAUAAUCUCCAGUAUCUUAAAGCUUUAUUCUCUUUUAAUAAAACUUUCAAUAACUUGA